AGGUUUGACUACGGAUUUUGAGCAUCUGAAGUUGACCUCUGAAUUGACGCGUUCCCUGCUGCUCCCUCACCCUUUGAAGAGAUGUCUGUCGCUUACGAUGAUUCCGUGGGAGUAGAAGUGUCCAGCGACAGCUUCUGGGAGGUCGGGAACUACAAGCGGGCUGUGAAGCGGAUCGAUGAUGGCCACCGCCUGUGCACCGACCUCAUGAACUGCCUGCACGAGCGGGCGCGCAUCGAGAAAGCAUACGCACAGCAGCUCACCGAGUGGGCCCGGCGCUGGAGGCAGCUUGUGGAUAAGGGGCCUCAGUACGGGACGGUGGAGAAGGCCUGGAUAGCUGUCAUGUCCGAGGCAGAGAGGGUGAGCGAGCUGCACCUGGAGGUGAGGGCCUCGCUGAUGAACAAGGACUUUGAGAAGAUCAAGAACUGGCAGAAGGAGGCCUUUCACAAGCAGAUGAUGGGAAGCUUUAAGGAGACCAAGGAAGCCGAGGACGGCUUUCGGAAGGCACAAAAACCCUGGGCCAAGAAGCUGAAAGAGGUAGAAGCAGCAAAGAAAGCCUACCAUGCAGCGUGCAAAGAGGAGAAGUUGGCAAUAUCGCGAGAAACCAAUAGCAAAGGGGACCCAUCCCUCAACCCUGAACAGCUUAAGAAAUUGCAAGACAAAGUAGAAAAAUGCAAGCAAGAUGUUCUUAAGACCAAAGAAAAGUAUGAGAAGUCCCUGAAGGAGCUUGACCAGGGCACACCCCAGUACAUGGAGAACAUGGAGCAGGUGUUCGAGCAGUGCCAGCAGUUUGAGGAGAAGCGCCUGCGCUUCUUCCGGGAAGUUCUGCUGGAGGUGCAGAAGCACCUGGACCUGUCAAAUGUGUCCAGCUACAAAACCAUUUACCACGACCUGGAGCAGAGCAUCAGAGCUGCCGACGCAGUGGAGGACCUGAGGUGGUUCAGAGCCAACCACGGGCCAGGCAUGUCCAUGAACUGGCCACAGUUUGAGGAGUGGUCCGCAGACCUGAAUCGAACUCUCAGCCGGAGAGAGAAGAAGAAGACCGCUGAUGGCGUCACCCUGACGGGCAUCAACCAGACGGGUGACCAGGCUCUGCAGAACAAGCCCAGCAGUGACCUUAGUGUCCCGAGCAACCCCGCACGGUCAGCGCAGUUACCGCCCAGCUACAACCCCUUCGAGGACGAGGACGACACAGGGAGCACCGUCAGUGAGAAGGAGGACAUUAAGGCCAAAAACGUGAGCAGCUACGAGAAGACCCAAAGCUACCCCACUGACUGGUCAGAUGACGAGUCCAACAACCCCUUCUCCUCCACGGAUCCCAGUGGGGACUCAAAUCCGUUCGAUGAGGAUGCCACCUCAGGCACGGAAGUGCGGGUCCGGGCCCUUUACGACUAUGAAGGGCAGGAGCAUGAUGAGCUGAGCUUCAAGGCCGGGGACGAACUGACCAAGAUAGAGGAUGAGGAUGAACAGGGCUGGUGCAAGGGACGCUUGGACAACGGACACGUUGGCCUGUACCCAGCGAAUUACGUUGAGGCAAUCCAGUGACGUGCUGGUGGGCUGGCUGGCGGAGGGAUGGAGGUGGUGUUCCCAGGAGCUCCGUUAGCCAUCGGCCCCGGGCAGUGGUACCUCCGGUGUCUCCAGCCGAUCUGUAGGCGUCCACUCCUUUUCUUGCAAAAGAUAAUGGUUCCGUUGCUCUUGGCUUCAUGGUGUCUCUUGAAGACAGACGAGCCGGUCAUUUCACCUGGGACUCGGCACCCUUUCCACAGCGCAGAUAGAGGGACCUGAGCACAGGAAGAUGCAGUACGGCAGAGAUCGCUGGGCCCUGCCCCUCCCCGCUCGCUGUGCGUGUCGGCUUACCAUGGAUCUGUCUGUCUGUUCUUGCCCUUGUCUUUCCGCCUUUCCUCUGAGUCAAUGGUGCGUUACAUUGAUUCUUGUUCCACUGAUUACUUUCUCUGACCAGUCCCAUCACCCACAACUUAAUGAACAAACUUCCAUGCCAUUUUCUGAGUGAAGAUUUUGAGGUUUUUAAUUUAAAGGCUGUGUACAGUUAUAGUUUUUUAUAUACCUGUUUGUCCAUUCAUUUCCACUUAAAUUAUGGCACAGAUUGAUGUACACUAGUCCUGAGGAAAUGGUAUCUCUGUUUCCACAUUGUAUUGUUAGUCAACCAAGCCACUGCCUGGGGCAGCCGCGAGAGCUGGCGCUCCUUCAGACAGAGGAGGUGUGAGGCAGGAGACUGCAGUAGAAAGAUGGGAACACAUUAUGGCCAGAUUUCUAUUGUGAAUGCUCUUUACACAUUUGGGGCAUCCGAAUGUGAGUUUUGGAAAUAACCUUAUGUAGUACUCCCGAAAAGUCACCAUAUUUAAAAACUAUUUUUACUCUGUUCGUGCUUAAAAUUUUACUCUUGCAAAUUAACAGUUUUAUCAGUGAUUUGGAAGGUUAAAAAGUAAGAAUAACUUUUCAAGCAAAUGCAUCUGUAGAUUAAGAUGCUUUAUAUUAGACUGUCAUGCCUUGAUGUAUAUCUGUAAAUAUUAUUUGAUAUUCAGAGAAUCUAAAGAGCUCAUCUACUGUUUUAAUGAGAUUUAACGGCUUUUGACAGUGGGUUUAAUUUGUAAACUGCUUGAAGACCGUGGCAUUCGAGCACAGUCCUGCUGCUUGGCCGGGCCUCCUCCAGCCCUGGGCCUCCUCCAGCCCUGGGCCUCUCUGGAGAGGAGCCUGCUGUAGAAGUCGGUCCUCACGGGCCAGCUGUAGGUCUGGCUCCUCACCAGCCUCAGCGUAGCAGACGCUGCAACACCCCGUCUCUCCAGUGGUUGCACACUUCACAGCCAUCCACAUCCUCGUGGGCAGACAGACGCUGGGUCUCCCCCACAGCACAAGGGUCUCUCCUGAGCGUCCCUAGUCAUCAGUGAGCCGCCGUGCUGGGGCAGGGAGCUACACUGUCAUUGUGGGGCGGAGGAGGGAGGGAGGGAGGGAAACCUUUAUUUUGUGUAACUCAGACACUGGUGAAAUGGCCUCUGCCAUCAUAAGCUAUGCAUUACUGUGUUUCCAGUGAGCUCAGUCUUGCUUGGAAAGUGGAU